AUGUACUCUGAUGUUUUAGGAGUGACUGCACCUGGUAAUCGUCGUCCAACCAGACCAAAGAAAAUGAGGUCAAGUCAGGUGAAAUCAGGUCGGAAAACCACAGAGGUCAAGGCCACAAUACCUGUGAAGUCUCCAGUGAAGGUCAUGAACUUGUCAGCUGAUGCCACCACAAUUACACAAGAUUUAACAGUUGAGAGUCUUCACGAACAGCCUCACAAGCACUUCCGAGGAAAUCUGAAGAAAGUGUCGCUGAAAGACCUGUGUGCAGAUGACAAGAAGCGUGUCGCUAACCUCAUAAAGGAAUUAGCCAAAAUGGGGGAUGAGAAGGAGGCUGUACUGGGACAGCUACAGACAGAGAGGAGGGAGUACGAGAAACAGGUGAUACAGAUGGUCAACCAACAGGAACAGAUACUGCAGGAGAGAGAGGGUAUCCUUUACACAGAAAGGGAGGGGGGUGUCAAUGAUCUUGAAAUGUCUACAAGAGAGAGAGGGUAUCCUUAUAACAUGGAGAGGGGAGGAGGGGGUAACUUACGUUACUUCCUUCAAGAUCCUGAUUGCUUUGAUCAGUUCAGUGUUAUUUAUGAUGGAGGAGAGAGAACAGCUAUAUUUAGAAACACUACCAGGGAACCUGUGCUGGUGGAAGAAAGAGCAAGAUGGACAGAGACCUACAUUCGCUGGUCACCACAAGGUACCUACCUGGCCACAUUUCAUGCUAAGGGUAUAGCCCUGUGGGGAGGGGAGAAGUUUGAACAGAUCAUGAGGUUCAGCCACCCCGGGGUUCAGCUGAUUGAUUUCUCCCCGUGUGAGCGCUACAUGGUGACCUUCAGCCCGAUUCUGUCCAGUCAGGAGGACCAGCAGCAGAUCAUCAUCUGGGACAUCAGGACGGGCAUGAAGAAGAGAGGAUUUCAUUGCGAGACACAGUCCACCUGGCCAAUACUCAAGUGGAAUCAUGAUGGUACCUACUUUGGAAGAAUUACUCCAGAUACACUCAGUGUUUAUGAAACACCUUCGAUGGGAUUGCUAGAAAAGAAGAGUUUGAAAAUAACUGGACUAAGAGAUUUUACCUGGUCCCCUUCUGACAAUAUAAUCGCCUACUGGGUUCCAGAGCAGCAGAACGUGCCAGCCAGAGUCACCCUGAUCCAGAUGCCAAGUCGUCAGGAGCUCUGUAUCAAGAACCUGUUUAACGUGGCUGACUGUAAGAUGCACUGGCAGAAGAAUGGGGAUUACCUGUGUGUCAAGGUCGACCGUUACUCCAAGGCCAAAAAGAUUGACGAGAAAGACCAGUUCAAGUACAGUGGAUUGUACUAUAAUUUUGAGCUGUUUAGAAUCCGAGAAAAACAGAUUCCAGUAGAUAAAGUGGAAGUCAAAGAAAAUGUGAUUGCCUUUGCUUGGGAGCCCGUAGGAAGUCGUUUUGCAUUUAUUCAUGGUGAAUCUCCAAGGAUUUCUGUUUCCUUCUACCAGAUAAGGCCAGGAAAAGUAGAAAUAAUCAAAACUUUGGAAAGAAGGCAAGCAAACCACCUGUUCUGGAGUCCAACAGGUCAAUUUAUUGUUCUAGCAGGAUUGCGCAAUAUGAAUGGGGUAUUGGAGUUUGUGGAUGCAUCUGACGUCACCGUGAUGGCUCAGACCGAACAUUUUAUGGCGACGGAUGUGGAGUGGGAUCCCACAGGGAGAUAUGUGGUGUCUGCUGUCAGCUGGUGGGGACACAAAGUGGACAAUGCCUACUGGAUCUGGUCUUUCCAAGGACGUCUGCUGCAGAAGAUCCAGCUGGAGAGGUUCUGUCAGUUACUAUGGCGACCACGCCCUCCCAGCCUACUGUCUGUUGAACAGAUCAGAGCCAUUAAGAAGAAUAUGAAGAAGUACACGGAGCAGUUUGAAGCCAUGGACAGAUUGAGACAGUCCAAUGUUUCUACUGAAAUUCUUGAGAAGAGAAGCGAAUUAAUGAGUGAUUAUAAGCAUUUCCGAGAACAAUGUGUGGCGGAAUGGGAGAGGAUGAAAUACAGGAGACUGGAGCUAAGAGGAGGUGUGGACACGGACACACUGGAGGAUGAGGAAAAUGAUGAGGAGAUUGUAGAGUUCUUGCUGAAAGUUGAAGAAAUCGUGGUGGAGGAGUAGUAACCAAUCAGAUCGCCGAUUUUACCACUGUCAGCCAAUCAGCAGUCAUCUUGAGAGUUUGGAUAGCGCCAUAUUAAUAUCUGAUUUAUAUAUAAUUGUCAAGACACUGACGUUAAUUAUAGGAAUUAUCACUCGCUGUUUAUAAUGAGGGCGAGUUUUAUUUGUAUAUAUUUUUAUGAUCACCAAGUGCUGCCUGCAUAUGUGCUUUGUUUGUUAUGUUUAGUGGUUUUUGUUCCGCUAUCUAUUUUAUUUGGACACUUUUCUGGGUAUUUUCCUAUUCCUUAUCGGUUAUGUUUAGACUCCGUAGUAUUUAUUCCAGUUUUUGCUGGUUUUCUACAUCAUACUUUGAUCUGUCCAGUAUUUAUCUCAAUAAAGCAUGGCUUACAUUUGAA